CUGCCUGCUCUGUCUGUUUGCCGGGGUCUCUGGCCGUCCCAGACCAGAGGUGUGAGCUUGGGAUCCUCUUGGUGACCUCUCCUGUCUAGUCCCCCCAGCCACUCUGCCCCAAGAUGGGCCGCGGGGCCGGUCGUGAGUACUCGCCCGCGGCCACCACGGCGGAGAAUGGAGGCGGCAAGAAGAAGCAGAAAGAGAAGGAGCUGGAUGAGUUGAAGAAGGAGGUGGCCAUGGACGACCACAAGCUGUCCUUGGAUGAGCUGGGCCGCAAAUACCAAGUGGACCUCUCCAAGGGCCUCACCAACCAGCGGGCCCAGGACAUUCUGGCUCGGGAUGGGCCCAACGCCCUCACCCCGCCCCCGACCACCCCUGAGUGGGUCAAGUUCUGUCGCCAGCUCUUUGGGGGCUUCUCCAUCCUGCUGUGGAUCGGGGCCAUUCUCUGCUUCCUGGCCUACGGCAUCCAGGCCGCCAUGGAGGAUGAACCAUCCAAUGACAACCUCUACCUGGGCGUGGUGCUGGCAGCCGUGGUCAUCGUCACCGGCUGCUUCUCCUACUACCAGGAGGCCAAGAGCUCCAAGAUCAUGGAUUCCUUCAAGAACAUGGUGCCUCAGCAAGCCCUGGUGGUGCGGGAAGGAGAGAAGGUGCAGAUCAACGCGGAGGAGGUGGUGGUGGGAGACCUGGUGGAGGUGAAGGGCGGAGACCGCGUGCCCGCGGACCUCCGGAUCAUCUCUUCGCACGGCUGCAAGGUGGAUAACUCAUCUCUAACAGGCGAGUCGGAGCCCCAGACCCGCUCCCCCGAGUUCACCCACGAGAACCCCCUGGAGACUCGUAAUAUCUGUUUCUUCUCUACCAACUGUGUGGAAGGCACGGCCAGGGGCAUCGUGAUUGCCACAGGCGACCGGACAGUGAUGGGCCGCAUAGCCACGCUGGCCUCAGGCCUGGAGGUCGGGCGGACGCCCAUCGCCAUGGAGAUCGAACACUUCAUCCAGCUGAUCACGGGGGUGGCCGUGUUCCUGGGGGUCUCCUUCUUCGUGCUCUCCCUCAUCCUGGGCUACAGCUGGCUGGAGGCGGUCAUCUUCCUCAUCGGCAUCAUCGUGGCCAAUGUGCCCGAGGGGCUGCUGGCCACUGUCACCGUGUGUCUGACCCUGACCGCCAAGCGCAUGGCGCGCAAGAACUGCCUGGUGAAGAACCUGGAGGCGGUGGAGACGCUGGGCUCCACCUCCACCAUCUGCUCGGACAAGACGGGGACCCUCACCCAGAACCGCAUGACCGUCGCCCACAUGUGGUUCGACAACCAGAUCCAUGAGGCCGACACCACCGAAGAUCAGUCCGGGGCCACUUUUGACAAGCGAUCCCCCACGUGGACGGCCCUGUCUCGGAUUGCCGGCCUCUGCAACCGCGCUGUCUUCAAGGCCGGGCAGGAGAACAUCUCUGUGUCGAAGCGGGACACAGCCGGCGACGCCUCCGAGUCAGCUCUGCUCAAGUGCAUCGAGCUGUCCUGCGGCUCCGUGAGGAAGAUGAGGGAUAGAAACCCCAAGGUGGCGGAGAUCCCCUUCAAUUCCACCAACAAGUACCAGCUGUCUAUCCACGAGCGGGAAGACAGCCCCCAGAGCCACGUGCUGGUGAUGAAGGGAGCCCCGGAGCGCAUCCUGGACCGGUGUUCCACCAUCUUGGUGCAGGGCAAGGAGAUCCCUUUGGACAAGGAAAUGCAAGACGCCUUUCAGAACGCCUACAUGGAGCUGGGCGGGCUGGGGGAGCGCGUGCUAGGGUUUUGUCAGCUGAAUCUGCCCUCUGGGAAGUUCCCUCGAGGAUUCAAAUUUGACACAGACGAGCUGAACUUUCCCACGGAGAAGCUCUGCUUCGUGGGGCUCAUGUCCAUGAUCGACCCUCCCCGGGCUGCCGUGCCGGACGCCGUGGGCAAGUGUCGCAGUGCGGGCAUCAAGGUGAUCAUGGUGACUGGGGACCACCCGAUCACAGCCAAGGCCAUUGCCAAAGGUGUGGGCAUUAUAUCAGAGGGCAAUGAGACUGUGGAGGACAUCGCCGCCCGGCUCAACAUUCCUGUCAGCCAGGUCAACCCCAGAGAAGCCAAGGCGUGCGUCGUGCACGGCUCGGACCUGAAGGACAUGACGUCGGAGCAGCUGGACGAGAUCCUCAGGAACCACACGGAGAUCGUGUUCGCGCGGACGUCCCCGCAACAGAAACUCAUCAUCGUGGAGGGCUGUCAGAGGCAGGGGGCCAUCGUGGCGGUGACGGGGGACGGCGUGAACGACUCCCCCGCGCUGAAGAAGGCUGACAUCGGCAUCGCCAUGGGCAUCUCGGGCUCCGACGUGUCGAAGCAGGCCGCCGACAUGAUCCUGCUGGACGACAACUUCGCCUCCAUCGUCACGGGCGUGGAGGAGGGCCGCCUCAUCUUUGACAACCUGAAGAAAUCCAUCGCGUACACCCUGACCAGCAACAUCCCCGAGAUCACCCCCUUCCUGCUCUUCAUCAUCGCCAACAUCCCCCUGCCUCUGGGCACCGUGACCAUCCUCUGCAUCGACCUGGGCACAGACAUGGUCCCGGCCAUCUCCCUGGCCUACGAGGCGGCUGAGAGUGACAUCAUGAAGCGGCAGCCCAGGAACCCUCAGACGGACAAGCUGGUGAAUGAGAGGCUCAUCAGCAUGGCCUACGGACAGAUCGGGAUGAUCCAGGCACUGGGUGGCUUCUUCACCUACUUUGUCAUCCUGGCGGAAAAUGGUUUCCUGCCAUCACGGCUGCUGGGAAUCCGCCUGGACUGGGACGACCGGUCCAUGAACGACCUAGAGGACAGCUACGGACAGGAGUGGACCUACGAGCAGCGGAAGGUGGUGGAGUUCACCUGCCACACGGCCUUCUUUGCCAGCAUCGUGGUCGUGCAGUGGGCCGACCUCAUCAUCUGCAAGACCCGCCGUAACUCGGUCUUCCAGCAGGGCAUGAAGAACAAGAUUCUGAUUUUUGGGCUCCUGGAGGAGACAGCGCUGGCGGCCUUCCUGUCCUACUGCCCGGGCAUGGGUGUGGCCCUCCGCAUGUACCCACUCAAGGUCACUUGGUGGUUCUGUGCCUUCCCCUACAGCCUCCUCAUAUUCAUCUACGAUGAGGUCCGAAAGCUCAUCCUGCGGCGGUAUCCCGGCGGCUGGGUGGAGAAGGAGACGUACUACUGAGCCGCCUGAAGAAGGACCAGGGUCAAGGGCGCCUGGAGGGGGCUGGGGGUGGUGGUGCA